AAAGUUCUCCAAAAAUUUCUAAAAGCUAUUUCUGUUUCAGGCGGACUUGUUCACCUUAGAGCUGAUUGAGGGACACCUGUGGUUACACCUGGAUCUGGGGUCCGGAGAGGCGAAGGUGAAGGGAACCACGAGGAGGGUAGAUGACGGAUCGUGGCACGAAAUAUCGCUCAAGAGGACAGGUCGUCAAGGGCGACUCACAGUAGAUGGCAACGCGGCGGACUUCACCACGCCAGGGGAUUCGAUCCAACUGGACUUGGAAGGAGGUCUGUUCCUCGGGGGUAUCCCCCCAGGACUGUCACCCCCGCCGACAGUUUGGUCAGCGUUACUCUCCAACGGGUUCGUGGGCUGUGUGCGGGAUCUCGUGCUCAACGGAAAGGCCAUCGACAUAGCUCAGUACGCAAGAGCUCAAGAUUCCAGUUCAAUACAGCCAGCUUGUCAUAGGCAGGCCCCUCAGUGCGAUACCCAGCCAUGCAUAGGUUCAGGUGUAUGUACAGAAGGAUGGAACAGAUUUGUUUGCGACUGUACUGCGACUACUUUUACUGGCCCAACAUGUGGCAAAGAAGCAACAACCCUAAGCUUCAAUGGAUCUCAGGCAAUGACCGUUCGAUUCAGUAGAGAGCAGAGAUCACAGGCAGAAGAAGUACGAUUGAGAUUCAGAACAACACGCCCACUUGGCUUGCUCCUAACUAGCAGUACAGAGCAAUCGGGAGAUCGAUUGCAACUUGCAUUAACCCAAGGAAGGCUCCGUCUCAACAUCAGGAUAGGAGAUAAGGAGAAGACAUUACUAUCAGGUCAAGGACUUAAUGACAAUCAGUGGCACACAAUUGCUUAUUCAAGAAGGGCAGAUCAUCUCUACCUCAAAGUUGAUGCUGAGACACCAGUUACAGUAGUCGAAGCAGUCCUAGGAAAACAAGGUAUUUUAGAAUUGAGGAGCCUACAUGUGGGAGGCCUAUUCCAUGAUGAAGAAGAAAUUCAAAUGACAAACUCAGUUCCUAAUUUUGUUGGUUCUAUGCAACAGUUUACAUACAACAAUGUACAUUAUUUCGAAUUGGCUAGAUCAAUGCAUGGGACUUCUGAACUUCCAGCUGUUGAAUUAUUAAAUGGGCAUAUUCAGUAUAUCUUUGAUCUCGGAGAUGGCCCAGUAAAGGUGCGAGACAAUGCAAGAGGAAUCCUAAAUGAUAAUAAGUGGCAUUCAGUAACAAUUGGUAGACCUUCGCCUAGACAACAUACAUUAAUGGUAGAUGAAACAUAUGCCACUAUAACUAGCAGAGGAAAUAAUGACAAUCUUGAUCUAGGUGGAAUCCUCUAUCUAGGGGGUUUACCGAAGGAUAGUUUUUCAAGGCUUCCAAAGUUAGUGCAGGCCCGGCAUGGAUUUGAGGGAUGUCUUGCUUCCCUUGAUUUAAAUGGUGAAUCUCCUAAUAUACUGGAAGAUGCUGUUGUGCCAAGCUCACUGGUUUCAACAGGAUGUGAUGGCCCAAGUACAAAAUGCAGUCAUAAUAUUUGUGCCAACAGAGGUAUUUGUGUUCAACAGUGGAAUUCAUAUACUUGUGAUUGUGAUAUGACAUCUUAUACUGGUCCAAAGUGCACUGAAGAAUCAAUAGCAUACGAAUUCGGGCCUAAUCGAGGACUGGUUACAUACGUUUUCCCUGAAGAAAGACGUCCAGAAAUGAAGAGUGAUGUUCUUGCUCUAGGCUUUAUUACUGAUCAAGAUGAUGCUGUUCUACUCAGGGUAGAUUCUGGAACGUCUAAUGAUUACAUGGAGCUUGAAAUUGUCGAAGGGAAUAUUUUUAUGGUUUAUAAUAUGGGAACCAAUGACCACCCAAUUGGAGAAAUAAAUGUUAAAGUCAACGAUAAUCAAUACCAUGUAGUAAGAUUUACUCGAUCAGGAGCAAAUUCAACAAUUCAAAUAGAUGAUUAUAAUGUUCAGACAAAUCAUCCAGCUGGUCAUCAGUUGUCAGUUUUCAAUUCACAAGCUCAAAUACAAGUGGGAGGAAAAUGGAACAGAGCAAAGCAGAAAGUUGAAAGAGCAUUUAUUGGUGUGCUCUCAGGGCUCGUAUUUAAUGGGCUUAGACUUCUUGACCUAGCUGCGGAGCAGGAUCCUAGAACGGAGGUCAGGGGAGAUGUCACACUCCUAACUGGCAUUCGAGACAGGCUACAUGAAUCGUAUCAGCGCAUGCAACAGACUCCUGCCUCAGAAUAUCCAGGAGUGAUGGACGACCUAGUGUUUUCUGGAGCUGGUUCAGGGUGUAAUGCUGAUGAUGAAGAUCAAUGCACGCCUCACUUUGAAACAGGCUCUGGUGAUGAUCUGAUAACUCCAGUCUAUGUCCCCCCAACUCGUCCUCCAGUAACUGAAAAAAAUCAUACUAAACAACCUGACUGUGAUGAUGAAGAAUGUUCACCGGAUGGUUCGGGCUCAGAUUACAUCACAAAGCCUGUCCCAACUCCUGAUAUGAAUACUACUGAAGCAGAAGGUUCAAGUCCUUCUACAACAGAUGACAUAGGAUCUUCAUCGCCGGAUGCAACAAGCCCAGGAAUAUCUCCUAAAUUUGGAACCUCAGGAACCCCAGAGGGUACUAGUCCAGGGAAGCCUACAACCCAGACAUCCCCAACAACUUCAACCACAACAACAACUGAAUACGUUCCACCAGCUCCUCCACCUCCACCUUACAUUCCUUAUCCUAAUAAUAAUGACAAGAGGAAUCCAAUACACUCAGAUUCUGCCACAAAUACAGCAUUAGUCAUAGGAAUUAUAGCUGGGACAAUGAUUGCUAUCAUUCUCAUAAUACUUAUAGUAUUAAAACUUAAAAAUAGAUCUGGAGUGGUUUAUAAGGUUGAUGAAAGGAAAGUUUAUGGAGUUUCUAGUUGUCAAGGACAAAAUGCUGCACUGCUAAAUCAGAGCCCACCCACACCUCAAGCAAUCAAUGGCCAAGUAAAGAAUGGAAAUGGGAAAACCAAAAAAAGAGAAACAAAAGACAUAAAGGAAUGGUACGUAUAAUUCAAAGAAACCUAAUGCUGCCGUUGACAUAUCUAUACUGACUGAAUUUAGUGAAACUCACUGAGUGACCACUCACUGUAGAGAUUUAUUUACUCUUUCAUUGCUUCAUCAAUGAUGUAAAUAAAUUUGACUACACUGACUUUAUAACGUUCUGAUAGAUUUUAUAUCAACUAGGUAUUUUUUUGAAAAUCUAAUGUGCGCGUUCCUAAACAAAUGGUGAAAUCAUAGAGUGCGUUUAAUCGUGCUUCUAGACAAUGUUUCAAUUGAAACUGAAUAUAAAAAUAUUUAAAAAAUUCAUAAAAAUUAAAAGCCAUUAGUAUUAACUGUUAAGUUAUGGAUGAAAUUACAACGUGGCAAGUUUUUAUUCAUUUAUUUAUUUUUUAAUAUCAUCAUUAUUAUUAACAUAUUAUGCCAUAAAUGAAGAUGGUUUUCAACCACAGUAUAUUUAAGACUGAUGAUUCCUAAUUAAAAUGAAAAGGCAAAUAAGUUUUAUAAAGCUUAAAAUUUAAGCAUGAAAAUGUCAACGGUUUGAAUUUUAAUUUAAUUGAAUAUUUAAGUUGGUUAAGUAUUACCAUUUAACUUUUGUAAAUAUAGUCCAAUAAUACUCUCUCAUUUAAGAAUCUAUAGUUUUUGAAAAAUUUGAUAAAAAUGAAAAAAAAUUACCAUUUAUUUUUAUUGGUUGACAGAAAAUAACCUCAGUGUUUUUCAUCUUUAUAUAUAGUGUAAAACACACUAUGAUGUUGAUAUUAUUUAGAGUUUAUUAAGUAGAUAACAAUAUAAACAAAGAAUAAAUGGCUGAAAUUUGAGCAGAGCAGGAAGAGUGCUGGCAAUAAUGUGUUAAUAUAUAGUGAAUAAAAUUAUAUAGUUAAGUAAUGUGUAUAUAUAUUCCUAUCAGUGUACGGGUGGAAAAAGUAACCUAUUAUGGAAUAAAUUAAAUGGCAACGAUCCAAAAAUCCCUCCUUGUUUUCUGUAUUUUUACAUUGUAUGUACAGUUUAAAUAACUAAUAUGAUUGUAAACAGUUUAACCUUUUUUUUUAGUUUUUAAAGUAGCUUAAUGACUCUAAUUUACAGAUCUGGGUUAUCAGAGUUAUGCAGUUUACCUUUCCAAAUGCACUUAAAAAUUAUUAUAAAUAUUUAUAAUUUAGAAGUAACUAAAUCAUAUUGUAACCAACUAAUGUUUUGUUUAAUAAGCUGAGUACCCAACAGGAAAAAAUAUAUAAAAAAUUAAAACAAAAUGAUGUGAUUUGAGUUUUAAAUUAGUUAAGAUGCAAGAAAAUUAAUGAAAAACUUAUUAAUAUCAAGUGUAACAGAUAAUCAUUCUUAUGAAAUAUAUGUAUAAGUAAAGAAAUCAUGGUUAUACAAUUGGUUCUGUUUUAAUUUCUACUUAAUUCACAAUUUUAUUUAUUUAGGAUAUUUCUAAAGUAUAUGACACUCGUAAUUAUCGUGUGUCUUUUUUGGCAAAACAUGUGAUUAUUCAAUCAAUAAUAUUUCAAAUUCACAAAAAAUCUUUAAGAAUAAAAAAUGAGGGUUUUUUGUGACCAUUACCACUUAAAUUCAAUUUGCUUAUUUUUCUGAUUUUUUAAAAAGUAAAAUGUAGGUAUUUGAGCUUUGGAGGAUCUGCAUGACUUUGACAAUAACCAAGAGAAUUCUGAAAAUGUAAAAGUAAUAAAUUAUUUUUGAUUUGAAUAGAUAAAAGAUCACCAUAGAAAAAAUUAGUUGUGAAAUAAAAUUUUAACAAUAUUAGGAUUGUAGCAAUGCUAAUUUGUUAAACGCACAUAAACAUGGUCUCAAAAUGCUUUAAAAUUGAAACUUUUAAUCUCUAAACUUGCCCCUGUAAUAAAAACGUGCUUGUACAAACAUUCUUUAAAAAAAAUAAUAAUAAAAACAACAAAAACAUAGGAAGUGUAAAAUAAAAUAAGUUUAAAAAAAAGCUUAUGAAUAAUGAAUGAAUGUGUAAUAUUUUUUUUCUAUUCAUUAAGUGUAUAGGAAGAAUUGUAUAUAUGUAAAAAUUAGCUCAUGUUCUUCCUGUCUGUUGAUUAAAUUUUGAACUUAAAA